CACUAUCUUCACGUAAACCUCAAAAGAGAGGAUAAAUCUCUGCUUAAACUCUUGUUAUUUAGCUGUUUUUAUAGUUAUUUUUAAUAUCUAUGUUUCUGGUUCGGUGGUUGAAUUAUUGAAGGGAAAAUACAUAAUCUCCUGUCCCUAAUUUUUGAUGAUUUUGAGAUUAAGGAGCAAAAAGAAGAAUUGGGGUUCUAAAUUCUUGGUGUAAAUUCUGGGUUUGCGCAAGUUCUGAUAUUAUUUUUUUUGAGUUUACAAGGAAAAUAUGGCCUUGACAUUUACCCCAUUGUCAUGGUUGCUUUGGAGUGGAAAGCAUCAAGAACCUAAAAUCUCAAAUGGUUCAUCUUUAAAUUCAUCACCUGAUUCAGGAUUGUGGGAAUUGGAUACUUUGAAGUUCCCUCUCGACCGAAGGAGGAACAUGGCUUCCUCAUCUAGAAAGGUUAAGCGGAAAUGGCAGAGUCGUGAGGAGCGAAAGAUUGAUCGGGAAUAUGAUAUUGUUAUUGUUCCAUCGGAUGGUGGAUGUGUUUCAGGUUUCGAGUCUGAUGAUUCAGACUGGUCGGUUGGAUGGUUGGAACCUCAUGGCCCUGGAUUCCAUAGUGACGAUGAUUCAGAUGAUAGUUUUGCUGUGCUUGUUCCUUGCUAUGGCUGUGGUUGUGCUAAUGUGGAAGAAAAUGGACAAGACAAGUUUCUGCAAGCCGUGGGAAACUUGAAUGAUAUAUAUGCUACUGAGAAUAAGAAGUAUAUGGAGCAUUGGGUCUCAUCUCCGAGGAAUCGCUGAAAUCUAGAAAUGCCAGUGGUGCUCUGCUGCUCCUGCGAUUCUUUGUUGCAGUAGAUCAAACUUCAGCUGUUUUGUUACUCAUUACAAUCUCAAGUAUGGACUUCAUAGAAAUCUAAGAUCGAAAACAAAGUAAGAUCGUAAAAAGAAAAAAAAAUAUCUGGGAGAAAUUGAUUUGUAAAAAGAGUUCCGCUUGAAGGACAUUAAUGUUUAAGGAGAAGAUACAGCAGAGGACAGAGGAAUAAUGCUGUUUCCUAUCCACUUGAGAUCUCAAAAAAAAAACAAAAAAGUAAAAGGAACUAUGGUUUCUUGUGUGACUGUUCUCCAGAAUUGGCUUUGAAGAUGUGACUUCUUCUUGCUUCUUGUACAUUGGUGUAAAUUUGCAGUGGAAGGAGAAGGAAGGAAACAGAUGAGGGAAGACAAAGAAUUCUUGAAAACAAGAUUAGCAAAAGGGAUGGUUGUGUUAUGCCUUUUUUAUAUCAUUUUUUUGAUGUAAAUAUCUGUGAAUAUGUAAAUAUGUUUCAUCCAGUUGUAAAUAUGUCCAUCCAGUUGUAGAUAUGUGGAUUGGCUGAUAACCUUCAUAAGUACUGUAAAUAAUUGGAAACUUAUGAUGUCAUUAGUUGCAAUAAUAUGGCACUGCUGUUUAAUAGUGA